GUAUGACACAGUAUGACAUUACUGCGCAAGACCAAAGGAGAAGUUGCAUAGCUGGUCUUUUCUCACCCUUUAACUUUUCAUAACGACCAUGAGGACAUCUGGAACAUUUGUCUGCCUAUUUAAUGGUCCAGCUUUCUGUUUGUUGUUGUGGAUAAUACAGCAUGCAGCGGAAUCACUUCUGCUUUCAGCUCCAGAGGUGGUAAAAGCAACAAACAGAGGGUCUGUAACGGUGCCUUGUCAGUAUGACCUUCAGUACAAAGAAAACACAAAGUACUGGUGCAAAGGAAAGAUAUAUGAGUUUUGCAGGAUAGUGGUAAAGACACCAAAGAAGCGUUUUAACAACAGAACCUUCAUUGCUGAUGAUAAGGAAGCAGGAGUGUUCAGUAUAACUAUGACAUCUAUCAGACAAAGUGACGAAGAUAAGUACUGGUGUGUCAUCGCGACUUCUGGAAGAAAUAUCUUUACUGGUGUCAGCCUCCUUGUCUCCCAAGCAGUGACAACCCCAACCACCAGCACACAAAUUACUCCAAUUCAAGAUGAAAAAAGUUCGUGGGUGACUCUACGUUGGAUUCUCUUUAUUUUAAUGCUGUGUUGUUUGGCAUCAACACAUAUCGCUGCAUGGAGAAUAAAGACUGCAAGGAAAAUAUGACUAUGACAACCAUUUUACCCUCAGAACUUAUACAUUGAUGAAUUAAAGCCUUACACUGUCAUAAUUUUAAAAAAGAAACAUGGGUAAAUUGGUAUAAACAUAAUCCUACUAAAACUAUUCUUCCAGUGGAUGUUCAUUCAGUGUGUGACCUGAGCUGAAAAUAAACCAAAUGAAAAAGAGG